GGAGCCUAAAACUAUUGAGGCAUUGUCACUGCUCGCUUUGUUACUCUCCGCGGAACGUCCGCCGCAGCCAUCUUGGCACAAUUACAUAUCCGUUGCCCGCCGUGGUCUGCACUGUCUCGCCCGCGCCCUCCGUAGCGAUGGCCCCCGUCCGCGCCCUCGCCCUGUGCGCCUUGGCCUCUGCCGGCGCUGCCCUGCAGGUCCAGGACAGCAUACAGCACAACCUGACCAUCUGCAACGCCUACGCGGAGAGCAAGCCCCUCAGCGUCUACACCGUCAACAACAAGGCAAAGCUCACCGAGGAGCCCCUGAAGUACAAGGCGUGCAAGGAGAUCGUCCUCGAGCUGGCGGACAGCGAGAGUCGGCGGGUUUCAAGCUUGGGGGCCUCAGCGUGGGCACGUUCCACGUCGGAAACCUGCCAUUUGCCCCCACGAACUUGCUGCUGGUUCCGUACCGCAAGGGCAAUGGCACCAUGGCGGCGACUUUCUACUCCCACUCGUUCGCAGUGGUGCACGAUCACUCGGAGAUCGCGGUCGUCGACGCGUACGACGGCAGCGACCGGCACGCGCUCAGGAUCGGGCAGGCCGGCAAGAGGCAGACGGAGGCGGCGGAUCUGAAGGCCAACACGGUCGUGUCCCUCACCCCGGGGGCCUACAGGGUCAGCAUGGGCGACGGCAGCAAGAGUGCCCAGACCGUCGCGCUCGCAGCCGCCGAGGGCAGCAACCACGUCGUCAUGCGCGUGGGCGGCGACGACGGCCUCCCCGCCGAGCUGGUGGCCUUCACGACCGGCCAGACCACGGAGCGCAGCGGGGCCCCCCGGGCCAGCGGGGCCCUCCUCGUGGCCGCUGCCGCGGCGUGCGCCGCCCUCUUCGCGUGAGGCAGCGGGCCAUGCUGCGCAGCGGUGGCGCCACGGCGCUGCGUGGCAUGCGCGGAGCAGCGGAGAUUUGUUUCGCUCGUGAGGGAGCUCCUGCGUGUCGGGGGCGGUCGAGAGGCCACUUCCUGGCCCCCCCGCUGCGGCGCGCCCGGCCGUGGCUGGUCCUCUCCUCGGUGUUAGUUGUGCCACCGGGAGCGGGCCUGCGGUACAG